ACGGAUUCCCAAAAAUGACCUUUGCUAGGGUGAACAGCUAACGCGUUUUUUUGAAAGCGAAUGCAAAUGAGAAGAAAUGAGAAAACGUCCUUAAAAACAAGACAGGAAAAUAAAAAGACUGAAAACUAUCGCGAUGAUUCAGUGACAAACCUUGCUCAUGCACCUAGUCCAGUCCCAGAUUUUGCAAGAGCAAUAUCUAGCUUGUCACCAGUUUCUCUUGGAAGAAAAUUUCGACAAAAUGAUAUAAAACGACAAGAUAUUGACAGGAUAUCUACAACUGCACAACCGCCAAGACAAUCGUCCUCUAGAUUCAUUAAAACUUCUCAUGAAGAGUUAAAAGCCUUACCUUUAUUAGUUGAGACACCACCAGGUGAACGAGAAACCUUAUUGCUCAAUAAAAUACGAAUGUGUUCAACUUUAUUCGAUUUCAAUGAUAGCAGUGUUCAGUUAAAAUCAAAAGAGAUUAAAAGGCUAACACUAUUAGAAUUAGCUGAAUUUAUUUCAAUGAAUUCUAGUUCACUUACUGAACCUAUUUACAUGGGUAUUAUAAAUUUACUAAAAGUCAAUGUCUUUCGUACAAUUGUACCAACUAAUACAAGUACAGAAAUGUUAGAUUAUGCAGAUAAUGAUGAUGAACAAAUGACAAAUUUAGAACCAUCUUGGCCACAUCUUCAGUUAGUCUACGAUAUAUUUCUACGCUUUAUCAGUUCACCGGAUUUUCAAGCUGCAUUAGGAAAAAAAUAUUUAGAUCAACAAUUUUUUAGAAAUCUUUUAGAAUUAUUUAAAUCUGAAGAUCCACGUGAACGUGAAAUGGUUAAAAUGAUACUGCAUCGUGCUUAUGGUAAACUUGUUACAUUAAGACCAGUUAUAAGACGUAUGGUCAAUAAUAUAUUUCUACAAUUUAUUUACGAGGAAGAUAAUCAUUGUGGAAUAGCUGAACUUUUAGAAAUUAUUGGCAGUAUAAUCAAUGGUUUUCAAACCCCAUUGAAAGAUGAACAUAAACAAUUUCUACGCAGAGUAUUACUUCCGUUACAUAAAUCACCAAUAAUGGGUCAUUUUCAUGCUCAAUUGACUUAUUGUACAACAGAAUUUAUUAAAAAAGAUUCAAGCUUAUUCACAGUGAUCAUUCAUGAAGGUCUACUACGUUUUUGGCCUAGAGUAAAUUCAGUAAAAGAAAUGCUUUUUCUUAAUGAAUUAGAAGCUUGCCUUGAAUGCACUGGACCAAUUGAAUUUCAAGCUAUUAUACCUGAUGUAUUUCCACGUUUGGCUAAAUGUAUUGAAUCUUUGCAUUUUCAGGUUUCAGAAAGAGCGCUUAUGUUUUGGAAUAAUGAAUAUCUCUUAUCAUUAAUGUCAGAGAAUAUAAAUACAGUCCUACCGAUUAUAUUUAAUUCAUUAGCAGAAUCACGAAAUCAUUGGAAUAAAACUGUUCAUGGAUUAAUUUGUAAUGUUUUAAACUGGGCCAUUGAAACAGAUCAAAGACUUGUUGAACAGUGUUCAUCAAAACUGACAGAAGAACGUCAAAAGAAAACUGCACGUCUACAAAACCAUGAAGCCUACUGGAAUCGAGUAGAGUUAGCUGCUGAAAAAGUUAAACAAUCCUCAGUGAAUUAUCCAGUCAACAUGAGAACAUCAUCAAUAUCUGUAUCACUUUCUGGCAUUAAAAAUAAAUAUCCAAUGUCUAACACGUCAAAUAAUAGAAGUUUAACAGGUUUAAAUGAAUUCUAUGCAAAACUCUCGUCUACAACAACAACAACAACAGCAACAUCAUUGUCAUCGUCGUCUUCAUUACCAUUUACUCCUAUUGCCACCAGUGUGCAUACUACUUCCGGGAUUGGCAGUAGUAGCAGUAGUAUAAGCAGUGGAUUCACUGGAAAUGCUAAUCUUGUAAAUAAUCCAAAACUUUUUCCUUUAAAUAAUAUGAAACCUGGUGAAUUAAUCAAUACCAUGAAAGAGAAGCCUAAUCCUAAUAAUAAUAAUACUGAAUUUUCACAAACAUCUUUUAAUCCGAUCCAAUCUAAUCUAUCUGGAUCGUCUUCUUCAGUUUUAAAUGCCUUACCAUCAUUUACUAACACUCAGAAUUCAUCAUCACUGACAUCGACAAUACUGACAACAACAUCAACUACAAAUAGUUUAUUGAAAGAACAAACUACAACAAUAUCAUCAGUUAACAAAGUAGAUUUGCAGAGUCAAUCAAAUGUCAAACAGCAAAGUCAGACAUCUACUACUGGAAGUGAUGUUCAUGUUGUAAAGUCUAGUUCAGCAAAUACAGCCUCAACUAAUUUACUCAAUUUCAGUAGAAAAUUACGUUCACCAAAGACAAGUACAACUGUUGUUCAAACAACUAAGAAAACAACGAGUUCCACACAAAAGCAGCCUUUGAAGUCUAACCCAACCAUGACUACUAGUAAAGAUAUAUUGACGUCAACGUCAUCAUCAACAUCAACAUCAGUGCCAUCGACUCAAGCAACACCAAGUAGCAGUACAUCUAAGUCAGAGAAAUCAACAAAUUUAAAACGCGCAACAACUUUGAAAUCAUUGAACACUUGAACAAGUACAACUUAAACAAAUAACUUCUCAUUUUGAAAUGUGAUAGAUAUACCAUAAACUUUAUUGCCGUUUUUAAUAUCUUUCAUAAAAAUGUUUAGCAUACAAAGAUGACGAUAAAUCUUUUUUUCCCGUUUAAGCCUUUUUUUUAUUUUUUACCAAAUUAGGGUAUGAUUUGUUUUCGAGCACAAUGUGAUAAAUAUUUUAUGUUUAUAUUCAUACAUUCAUCCAUACAUAUAUUUUAAAUGAUUCUCCAGUUCUUUAUUUUUCACAUUUAUUGAUGAAUAAAUGUAGAAAGAGACAAAUUCAUUAUAUCAUGACAUAAUACAUCAGUUUUUAGCUUCUUCCUUUUUUUCGGAUGACAAACACACUCAGAUUCUUCUCCAUUUCAUUUCCAUUUUCAUACUUUCCUCCGCUUUUUGCUUUUGAAAGUGUUCAUGUUGUUUUUAUUUCUGAUUCUUCUUAUUCUAUAACACUUUAUAUUUUCACAUUCAGAGUGUAUUAUUAUGUAGGAAGUGUAAAAGAACCAUGUAAAAUUUAAGAUAUAAUGUGAUGUAAAAGGGGAAGGAGAAGAAUUUUAUUCUAAUUAUGAACUCACAAAAGUCAAAUCCAAGAUAGAUACCUCUUUUUUUAGUCUUUACAGUAGUUUUCUUAACUUCGGUAGAUAUUCUUUUUUAAAUGAAGCAAAUGUAUGAAAUAGUAGUAAGUAUUUAGUUAUUCAUUGUGUAAGUUUGUAAUGAAUCAACACUUUUGAAGUGUUACAACCUCCUUACUUUACUGUUACAUUUGUUUCAUUAUAACUUCAAUACCUUGUUAUGCGUCUAUGAAAGUUGAAAGGA